ACACCCUUCCUCUGCUUCUCAACGGAAGGGUCCCGGGUUAGGUUCUUGAUCUGGCAUUUGUGGGAGCGUCAGAGCUUCUUUCUGGUCACGAUUCUUGCGGCAAGCUCGUCGGCGUCAUAGGAGAUGUUUUUUAGUGUUAAUUUUCCGAUUGGGUAAUGGGUUCCUCUGGAUUUGAGCUGUUCUUACGGAUCUGAGGAGGAGCGCCUAGCUUCGUCCCCUAGAGGCCAAGGCGAGAAGAAGGGCUCCGACCCAUAGCUUAAGGGCGGCCUAGUUGGUGCCUAGUCACGAGAAUCGGCUUAGACUCGCAAAAUUUUUUAUCGCUGCAAACUCUGGAGGGAAGAAUAUCGGAUUAGGAAAAUGGAAGACGAAGAAGAGGCGCCUCUAGCUGUUGAGAUUAACCACAAUGCGCAAGAACAUUCACAAAUCGAUUCAGAAACGCCGUCUAACGGUGGUGUUACGGUCGGCGUAACCGUCAUUACGGGCUACCUUGGGGCCGGCAAAUCCACUCUUGUCAAUUACAUCUUGAAUGCCCAACAUGGGAAGAGGAUUGCUGUGAUUUUGAAUGAAUUCGGGGAAGAGAUUGGGGUGGAAAGGGCAAUGAUAAAUGACGGAGACGGUGGCGCGCUGGUUGAAGAAUGGGUUGAGCUGGCAAAUGGGUGCGUAUGUUGCACUGUCAAGCACAGUUUGGUUCAAGCCUUGGAGCAGCUUGUGCAAAUGAAGAAAAGACUUGAUCAUAUUUUACUGGAGACCACUGGAUUAGCAAAUCCUGCUCCUCUUGCAUCUGUUCUUUGGUUGGAUGAUCAACUGGAAUCUGCAGUCAAGCUUGAUUCUAUAAUAACGGUUGUGGAUGCCAAGAAUCUGGGUUUUCAGCUCAACAAGCAUCGUGAUUCAUCUCAAUUUCCUGAGGCAUUCCUGCAGAUAGCAUUUGCUGAUGUUAUAAUUCUUAACAAGGUUGAUUUGGUUUCUUCAGAGGGUUCUGAAGGUGCCCUAGAGGAACUGGAGAAGGAGAUACGUGGCAUUAACUCACUUGCCAAUAUCAUUCGUUCAGUUCAUUGUCAAGUAGACUUGGCUAAGAUAUUGAAUCAGCAGGCAUAUGAUGCUACACAUUUCACUCAUUUAGAAGCACUAUUGGAGGAAAAUAGAUCUCUUUCUUCCAAGGAUCUUCAUGAUAGUGGUGUGAGGACAUUAUGCAUUAAUGAACCCCAUCCUCUUGAUCUUGAUAAGGUCCGUUCGUGGCUUGAGGAGAUUCUUUGGGAUAAGAAGCAUGGCCUGGAUGUUUACCGCUGCAAAGGGGUUUUAAGCAUUCAAAAUUCUGAUCAACUACAUACCUUGCAGGCCGUGAGGGAGCUAUAUGAGAUUGUUCCAGCUCGCAAAUGGAGAAUAGAGGAGAAGCAAAUGAACAAAAUAGUGUUCAUAGGUCAUAAUCUGAACGAAGAUGUACUUGCUGUUACCUUUAGAGCUUGCAUAUCAACACCUGCUUAAUCUUCCGGGAAACUAGUUUGGACAUAUCUUUCAUGUGUUCUUAUGUAAAGAUCCAAGGGCAAGAUAGGGUGGGAGACAGAAGUAUUGCGAUUGGAGGGGACACGACUGUGCUAAAGAUAUGUAUAUCCUAGAUAAAUCCUACAUAACGCCACAAACAACCAAACAUGCAUGUGGAGUUCUCUCUCUAUAUGUAUAUAGAAUGGUUGAUAUCAUCUUGACUUUUAAAAAAAUUAGUUUUUGCUUCAAAAAUAUCAUUUUUUAAUGAAUAUUUUUAAAACUACGCUUUAGAUUUGCUGCUCUAUUCAUGUAGAUCAUCCAUAAUUUCAUAUUAAUUUGAAUAUAAAUGAUUAGUUCAU